AUGAUUAGUAACAAGAUGGGUGAUCAUUCAGAAGCUUGUCAAUUGCAGGGAAGAUAUCGGGCUACUGAAACUGCCACGGCAGCACCCUACACGGGCAACGGUAGCGGCAAGGCGGGAUUGUAUGGCGACAAAGAAUUUUGCUCUCAGUUGGCACGUUGUAAUGAUGUUAUGUUAGUAUUCGCCAACAAAUCUGAAUGUCAAAUAUUUAAAAAUUAUUUUGGAGAAGAAAAAAAAUGUGAAAGAAUUACAACUAUUUUACAUAAAAGAAAUACAUCAUUUGAAUUAUGUUCAUCAUCCCAUAAAUCGCUGUAUUCAAUGGAAAUGUUAUAUUCAUUGGGUUUUAUUUUUGAAGAUAAAUAUAAUUUUUCAACAAAGUUACAACAAUCAAUGAACGACCUAACCAGCCGAUGUGAUAAUACGUUUUAUCAAUUGACUUUAAAUGCAUAUAAAGAGUUAAAACAGGAUCAUUGUUUGGAUCUAACAAAAAUAUUUAAUGAAGAAAAAUUUAAAGAAAUACAGAAUGAAUUGUUGUUGGACAACGAUCAACAACAACAACAACAACAAGAACCGAUCUAUUAUCAAGUUGGCCAUCUUUGUGUUACACCAAUGCGUAUUCUUGUUCUUCCAAUGGAAACUAUUAUGGGUCAUCGUAUUCUACGUCGUAAAGAUUUUGGUGGUAAAGAAAAUUUUAUUAUUGUUGAUUUUAAAGAUGAACAAGUUGAAAAAUAUUUGAAUGAUAGUGAAAAUUUAAAAUCCUAUUACCGUGACCAUAUAUUAAAACGUGGUAUUGAUUUAUGUUUGAAAAAAUAUUUUCUUAUUGGUGCAUCGAAUAGUCAAAUUAAAGACAAAUCAUUUUGGUUUUAUCAAUGUCAAUCAAAUGAUGACAUCGCUCUAUUACUUCAACGAUUGGCUGAGUUUCAGAAAAUUACCAAUUUAGGAACGUAUGUAUCAAGAGUUGGACUGUGGUUUACGAAAACAAAACCGACUGAAAUUAAACUUGAAUUUUAUCCAGAUCCAGAUGAAUUCAAUACUCGAGUGAAACAAUCGAAACAUUGUGUGACAUUGAUUGACGAUAUCAUACACGAUACUUAUAAUUUUACUGACGGUAAUGGACUUAUUUCGAGAGGAUUGGCACAGCUAAUUGAAUCCAAGAACUUAUUUGAAAAAAAAAGUUCCUCGGCUCCAUCAGCCUAUCAAAUUCGUAUAGCCGGCUGUAAAGGACUUGUUAUUAUUGAUCCACAGUCAACUCUGAAUGAAUUUUACAUUAAAGUUCGAAAGUCAAUGUAUAAAGUAGAUUCAGAUGAUGGGACACUGGAUAUUUGUGAGAACGGUUUCAGUGCACCAGUUCCUACGAGUUUAAAUAAUCAGAUUAUUAUUUUGCUGUCCGAUCUCGGGGUACCCGAUGAUACAUUUUUCGACAUUCAACAGCAAUAUUUCCAACGACUUCAAGCAUCGAGUAAUGAAGAAUAUCAGAUAAUGAGUUUGGAUGAUAUAAAGAAAAAUAAGUAUCCAUUACCAGAAAAUGAGUGUCGCUACAUGUUUGGAUGUUCGUUGGAUUCGCCAUUGAAACCAAACCAGUGUUUUAUACGUUAUGAAAUACUUGAUAAAGGACAACCAACAAAUGAAUUCAGAUGUGUUACAGGUAAAGUGAUCAUAACAAAAAAUCCAUGUCCAUAUGCUGGUGAUAUGAUUGUGUUGGAAGCUGUUGAUCUACCAGAAUUAUAUUGUCAAACCAAUGUUAUUGUUUUUCCUGUCGUCGGCACAAGACCACAUUUCAAUGAAUGUGGUGGGUCGGAUUUAGAUGGAGAUUGUUAUUGGGCCUAUUGGGGAUCUAAGUUUAAAAUCGAACCUGAUGUACCACCGUUAAAAUACACAAGCGCAGAAAAAUCAAUACAUCCAACAAUAAUAAAUGCUUAUGAUGUAAUCAGUUAUGUUAUAGCUUUGUUCGGUGCAAGCAGUUAUGUAAGUAUCCUUUUCUAGCCUCUUCUGUAUUAGUCAGUUAGUUAGUUCAUGUUUCCAAGACUUUCGGUUUUCUGUAGCGAAAAAGCAGUCGCCCAGUCAGUCACCUAUAUUUUUUAAAAAUUCGUUUUAACGUGAGAUUAGCUUAAGGGUACACCCCCCCUCUUUUUUCACCUUGUUGCCAAAUGCGGAGUACAUGUCCGAUUGAGCUCAAAUUUAUAGCAGAGAUAGAACAUCGAAAAAGAAAAUCGAUGUAUUUUUGCCCAGAAUUUUCUGACGUGUUCUUCUAUGGAUUUUCUAGAAAACGCUGGUUUUCAUCCAGUAACAUUACGACCUCUCGAAAAAAUGGUCCGAUCGAGCUCAAAUUUUUACCACAGAUACUUUAGGCCCUAUCUCAGGUUCGUUUCAUUAGUGUGGACAAAGUGUCUAAAGACGAAUUGACGAAUCGCAAUUUUUGGGCGUAAAAA